AUGGAAAAUGUUGUUAGCGGGAAGAAAACUAUAUGGUGUAACAUUGGUGCCAACCAGUUUCAUUUGCCUGAAGGCAAGCCUGAAGCCCAGGUGCUUGACGGUGUCAUCACGUUGGCAUAUCCGGACUUGUCAAAGCUCAGGGAGCGACUACAAGCUGCAAAAUCAAGUCUUGACGGAAGUAAAUUCGGAGUGAAGAGUGCAAGUGACGGUGGUGUUCUUGUCAUGGAUCCAUGGGGCAGUGUCUUCAAUCUGCUGCGUGGUGACGCAUCCGUAGAUCAGGAUUCCCGUGGAAAACAACCAGGAGAAAGAUCAGAAGGUUUGGCCAUGAGAGAUCUGAAGAUUCAUGUACCAGAAAAUUCAAAUUUAGGAGGAAUCGGAAGAUUUUACGAACGAGUUCUUGGAGCUACUGUCAAGGAUGCAAGCGAACACUCUGUCACGAUUCAGGUCGGUCCUUCCCAAACCCUGACGUUUCAAGAGAACAGUCAAACCACAAUUGAUAGCCAUGUCGAUCUUCGAAAUGAGGCAGCCGAUGACUCAGAAGGGCAUCCAAUAUACCUGAGCAAUUAUGGGCCUCAUAUCUCCAUGUACGUCAAGGACCUCCCGUCGUCAUACAAACGGGCCGAUGCCUUGAAUUUGGCAUAUGUCAACCCCAGGUUCAAGCGCCGGGCAUACACCUUGGAGGAAGCCGUUGAUGAUUGCAUGUUUCGAUGCAUAGAUAUUGUCGACCCUGAUCAUGUUGAACAUGGGCCUAUCAUUAAACUCGAGCACGAGAUCAGAAGUGUUGUCAAAAGAGAUGGAAGCAAGUACAAGUCGUGUCCGUUUGAUGAAAUACCUGCUGGCUGUAUAUAA